UGGGCCAACCGUGGUAAAACGUGGUCGUGGCUCACUGACCUAUACUACAGCCACUCACGAUAAAUUAAUUUAUUAUUCCCGAUUCCUUUACAACCUUGCACGUGAAUUAAGUCAACCAACUCUCCUUCCAAAAACAUUUUAUGGUAAGCUCUGAUAUUACCUACUCUUUACAAAUAUACCUCUGAAUGAAACCGUUUGCAUAUAUGAACUUUUACGUAAUAAUAUUUUGCUGAAUGGCUUUGCUGAACCUCAAAUUAAGAACAUGUUGGACAUUACAACCAAGAAUUCACACUUUCUUUUCAACAACACCUUCUUUGAACAAGUAGAUGACGUAGCGAUAAGCUAUCCGCUGAAUCCAGCGAUAAAAUAUAUUUCUCCAGUAUGUCGACACCUGCUCCGCUGGUUUCAGACCUAUCCUUUACGGAAGAUUUAGAGAAUUUGCUCAAAUAUUAAGUUUAAAGAAUCUGUAGGCUACAAAGAAGACCAGAGAUCUCUAAUGAUGACUUCAGAAAGGGAAAGGCUGGGUCCAAAAGAGAUACAAAUACCUCUUUCAUAUGGGCAUCUGGCUGCAAAAGAUUGGGGACCACCAAAUGGACUACCUGUACUAGCUUUGCAUGGCUGGUUGGACAAUGCUGGCUCUUUUGACACUUUAAUCCCAUUAUUGCUUCCAAACUUGAGAGUAAUUGCAUUAGACUUACCUGGACAUGGUCUAUCCUCACACAAACCUCCUGGUAGUAUAUAUGAAUUUGUUCAUUUUCUUGUUGACAUUAAAAGGGUUAUUGAAUUUUAUGAAUGGAAAAAGAUUACUAUAAUAGGGCAUAGCCUUGGAAGUGGAUUAGCAGUAUUUUUUGCAAGUCUGUAUCCAGAUCUAGUUGAACGUGUAAUUGGUAUUGAUCUCAUAAAGCCUGUAGCCACACCUGUUGAGAAGAUAACUCAGAGGGCUGCUGAAGCUAUUAACCAACAACUAGUAUUGGAAAAGAAACGUUCACAAGAACCACCAGUUUACACACAAGAUGAGGCUCUUCAACGUCUAAUUGAAGGAUUGCAAAACCAAGUUACUGAAAAGUCAGCCAAAAUCCUGAUGAAAAGGGGAACCAGGCUUUCUAGUGAUGGAAAGGGUCUCAUUUUCACCCGAGAUAUACGUGCAAGGAGGAUUUAUCUCUUCAACUUUGACAUUGAACAACAGAAACUCAUUCUAUCACACCUGAAAUGUGAACUGUUAAUUAUUAAGGCAAAAGGGGCACCUUGGUUUGAAGAUCCUGAAAUACAAAAAUAUUUUUUAGACCUGUAUGCAAGAAAUAGCAAAAGAUUUCAGUUUACUGAGGUUGAGGGCUCCCACUUUGUUCACCUGAAUAACCCAGAAAGGAUUACACCUAUAAUUAAUACAUUCAUCUCUAAGAGGUUAAUGGAGAAUAAAGGAAAGCUUUAAGCAUACUCAUAGUUUAAUGAAAUUUAUCAUUUAUAUUUUAGUGGUAUGUAAAGGUUUUAUUUUGAUCUUUUAUUAUGAGAUUACUUGAUCAUUUUUGUUAUUAUAUAAUAAAAUCCCACAUACCUUAUUUACUCGUGUAGCUUUGUGCAAAAUUCAAAACAAACAAACAACUAGUGAUAGAGAAGGAUAAUUUUGUUGUUGAGUUUUAUAUUCUUAAUACUUCUUGAUAUAUAAUUUAUGUUGAAAUAUUUAUACACAUUUUAAAAUGUUUUUAAGAUUUUAACAUAGUCUCUCAGAAAGUAAGUGAAUCUGGAUAUAAAAAUCACUGGUCAAGACAAAGAAUUAUUAGAUAAGUCUUAUUUGUCAAAUGUUUCAUUUUGUAUGUGCUAACCUUUAGAGUUUUAACAGCUUCAAGUACAAUUGUAUUGUUAAAUCCUAGUAAUAAUGCUAAGGUAUGUAGGUAACAUAUAGUUCACAGAAAAUUAUUACCUUAAUCUGUGUUAGCUAUGUACAAAAAUAUGUAACAGUACCAAUAUAUCUAUAUAACAUUCUUACAGGUUGAGCAAUAGUGGGCCUGUCUAAUAUAUGUAUACAUAAUUUUAAAUACAAGCAUCAAAUAACAGACAAUCUAGAGUAUAUAUGAUAAUAUUUUUGGCUUUGUUUACAAAUUUUAAGUUCUAUAAUGUUGGGAGCAUCAGUUUACUGUUUUGAUGAUAGAAUUGAUUACAACGUGUAUAUUUUAAACAAAUUUAUUGACUAUAUAAAUCAGUGUUAAUCUAAAUUAGUAAAUAUGAUGUGGGUAUACUGAAAUUAUAACGUUUAUUGAAUUGUUUUGAUUUUAUUUAUUUAUUACAAAUUUUUAAGUUCUAUAAUGUUGGGAGCAUCAGUUUACUGUUUUGAUGAUAGAAUUGUUUACAAUGUGUAUAUUUUAAACAAAUUUAUUGACUAUAUAGAUCAGUGUUAAUCUAAAUUAGUAAAUAUGAUGUGGCUAUACUAAAAUUAUAAGGUUUAUUGAAUUGUUUUGAUUUUAUUUCUCUCACUAUUUUUGCAAUAUAGUAUUAAUGAGUUAGCCACCUACUGAGUUAUUUUGAUAUGUAACAAGUAUGUGAUAGGAAUGUUUGUGCACAAACUCAUUAG